CCCGGAAGUGAGCAUUUGGAGCGCUGUAGGCACCUGAAGAACCUUGAUUCUGAGCUGGAGCUGAAUGAAGCCGGAGAAGCCAGGCUUCCUUUUGAGAGGCUCUAAAAUUGUUCUGAGGAAGAAAAGUUUGAACUCAAAAAUCUCAGACUUUCUCUUCCAUUUCCAAAAGUGGAGUAGCCUUUUAAGCUGUAUGAUGCCUGCUGCGUUGGGGUCCUCAAUCCCUACAUCUCCAUUGAUGAAGCUAGAGGAGGAUUCUUUUUCUGGACAUGAUUUUGCCCUGAGAGGGGACAACCCUGAGACAGCUCGACAACACUUCAGGCAGUUUCACUACCAGUUGAUGUCUGGGCCCCAUGAGACUAUGAGACAACUUAGGAAGCUCUGCUUUGGGUGGCUGAGGCCAGAGAUUCACUCAAAGGAGCAGAUCUUGGAAAUGCUGAUGCUGGAACAGUUCCUAACCAUCUUACCAGGGGAGAUCCAAACCUGGGUGCGGAAGCAGUGUCCAGAGAGUGGAGAAGAAGCAGUGACAUUGGUAGAGGGCUUACAGAAAGACCCUGGGAGAUUGUGGCAUUGGAUCAAAGUCCAAGUGCUCCGACAAGAAGCUCAUUCAGAGGAAAUGGAAUCGUCAGGUGUCCCAGUGGAGCCUAAUGCAAAGGUAAUGCUUCAGAAAGAAGGCACACAGAAUUCACGCUCAGCACAGGAGGAACAGCUAAACCACAGCAUCAAAGAGGAGUCUGAAAACUCACUUGAGUUUGGUUUGCCGAUUUCCCAGCUCCCUACCCUUCCUGAAGGAAGGCAUACCAGAGACAAGAAUGAAGCAGCUUCAGUUCCUGCAUCUGGAUCUCAGGUGUUGGAUCAGAGGCAAAGUCUUCAUUUGUGUCAUGUAGUGAAAAGCAUGCUGCACCUAGAGUUAGGAGGAUUAGGUUUGAAUCCUGGCUCUAACCCUAAUUGUGUGACUGAGCAGUGGCAGUGCCUGAAUCACACUCAGAAAGAGCUUUACUGGGAUGCUAUGCUGGAAGAUUAUGGGAAAGUGGUUUCACUAGCAAUUCCCAUUUCUAAACCAAACCCAACUAACCUGGUAGAUGGAAAGGAAGAGCCUGAUGGAUCGCAUUCUCAUGCAGAUGAAGGAAUACCAAGAAACAUUUGCAUAGGAGACAGAGGGGAGAAUGACAAAGAGAAUCUUCAUUUGGAAAAUACAAGGGGCCAGGAAUCUCAAAAGAUCUCCUACCAGAAAUGGCAAACCUCAGAAAAUGUACCUUCACAGGCCCCCUUGAAUGAAUUCAUUGAGGAUGAUCCAAGAAGCUUGGGAGUAAGAAAAGAUUUUAUUAUCCAGGAGAACCCUCAGGAUAGAGUAAAGGCAGGGAAAAGCCUUCCUCUGGAAAGGAGUUUAGGGAAACUUCUAGGUCAACAUUUGUCUAGUCCAGUGGAACAAGACUCCUCAUGGAGAGAAGAGAAGAAAGAGAUCUGCCAGAAAGGCCAACUACGAACCCUUGCAGGACAGAAGUAUAAUAUUACCAAUAGAUGUAUAGACUGUGGGAAAAGCUUUGUUCGGAAAUCUCAACUUGUAAUCCACCAAAGAAUUCACACUGGAGAGAGACACUACCAGUGUUCCACCUGUGGAAAAAGCUUCAGUCGGAACUCAGACCUUAGAAAACAUCAAAGAAUCCACACAGGGGAGAAACCCUAUAAAUGUGAUUAUUGUGGCAAAGGCUUUAGUGAUUUCUCAGGAUUACGGCAUCAUCGAAGAACCCAUACAGGAGAGAAACCAUACAAAUGUUCUAUCUGUGGGAAAAGUUUUAUUCAGAGGUCAAACUUUAAGAGACAUCAGAGAGUUCACACAGGAGAGAAACCUUUUAAAUGCUCUUGCUGUGGGAAAUGCUUCAGUUGGAGCUCAAGUCUUGAUAAACAUCAAAGAUCUCACACAGGAGAAAAGUCUUUUAAAUAACCUAAGAGAUACUAGGUAUCAGUAGAGAAAUCCCAUUUCCAGUCCAUGAAAAAAUUCUUUCGCAUAGAGAAAUACUUCAGAAGGAAUUAUACCCAUUAAUGGAUAUUCUUAUUCUUGGAAAUCAUUUCCUUCUGAUUGGAUUAAAGAGGAGGGGCUAGAAUGUGUUUUAUCAGCCUAAGCAUGGAUAAUGUGGGUCAAGACUGGUUGUCAGGCUUUGCAUUUUCCAUAAUGGGAAAAAGACUAUGGGCUUCAUCUCCCAACUCAUCUCUCUGUGUUGUUUCUUGCAUUCACUGGAAUCUGUUAAAUCACACAAUUAACUAAGAUGAUUUUAUGUGGGUUUAGCUAUCACUUUAUACCCUCGUUCUUUCUGUUUCAUUCCUCUGAGAUGGCAGGAAUGGUGGGGGCACCCAGAAGGUCAUCUUCAGGUAUAUAGGUGAGCCUACAAACUAUCAUAUGGAGUUUAAAGUGGAGAAAGGGUAUAUAGGUGUUCUGCUUUACCAAGGCAAAGGUCGGAAAAGUUGAAGCGAUGCUCAGGAAUUCCCUAUAUUCAAGUGACAGUAGAUCUUUCAGCAUAAGGAAAAUUUUGUCUAUGAAUGGAGAAUGAGAUAAGGAACUAGGCAUCAGCUGGUAGGGAGGGGAAGGAACAAGUAAAUACAGUCAGUUCAACAGAAUUUAUAGAAGAUUUGAAAUACUCUAAGUAUUUUUUUUGGAGGGAAGUAGGAGGUGAAAAAUUUUUUUUUUCCAUUCUACUUUAAGUAGUAAAUCCAUAAGGAAAACUGUUUUUACAGGCUGGUCUCCCUCUCAAAAGACAGUUUUUUUCUCUUCAUGUUCCAAUUUAAUUGCGAAUAUAGGGAUCAGUUUUUUGUAAAUUUCCCUUGUAUCCACUAUAACACCAAGGACAGUGCUUACGCAAUAAACACUCACUGUUGGUCUCUUUUGGUCUCACUAUA